AUUGGUCGUGUCUUUUUUAAAAAUGCUAUUUUGGAUCUACCCCAGUUACGGGGUUGUUUAUCUGUAGUAAGGGGAACUUGAAACCGUCCUUGCCCCAUGUCCUCGGUUGUUUUUCUUCUUUCGCCUGGAUUCUCCAUGUUGUUGGAGAAAAAGUGAGGGCUUUACCUAGACCAGAGGGGGCUAUGGAUAAAUAUACGAGCGAUAAAGUAACCGAGACGCGAAUCCUAGAAAAUAGCAGAUAAGAUAAAACAAAAACAAAGUGGCAUGCCCCUCCCAUGUGGAAGAGAAUAGAAGGCGGGAAUAAAUAAAUAUCACAAUAAUUUGUCGCCGUAGGAUUGAGAUUUUGUGCGAACGGAAAUUAUUCAUUUCAAGCCUCGCUAGCUUUUAAUGCCACUAACAAAUGCGGACCGACUGUUUGUCGCUGGAAAAGGUUGGUUGGACGUUAAGGGCUGUGCGUUUGUUAGAUGGAAAGUUCUAUCAUCACUCAAGUGCAGAGAGAGGAUUCUCGGUUGUCUUCGAAAACAGAUCAGGUGAAUAAAAACUCGCCUCAGAAACCUGGAAGUCGGAAUAUCUUCAAAAAGCUCAUCUGUUGCCUUCGAGCUCAAGAUGCCCAACUGCCAACGUCACCUACCCAUGAUGCCUUGCUAGCGCCCGAGGACCAUGGGACCAUUGCCAAAAUACCAGGAGAGUGUCUGCUGCCUGAAGUGACCUCUCAGGACCAGGGGAAGAUCUGUGUGGUCAUAGAUCUGGAUGAAACACUGGUGCAUAGCUCCUUUAAGCCAAUAAGCAAUGCUGAUUUCAUUGUGCCUGUGGAGAUUGAGGGGACCACACACCAGGUGUAUGUGUUGAAGAGGCCAUACGUGGAUGAGUUUCUCCAGAGGAUGGGAGAACUGUUUGAAUGUGUUCUGUUCACUGCUAGCCUUGCUAAGUAUGCAGACCCCGUGACCGACCUGCUGGAUCAGUGUGGCGUGUUCCGGACGCGGCUAUUCCGUGAAUCUUGUGUGUUCUAUCAAGGCUGCUAUGUUAAAGACCUGAGUCGCCUCGGCCGUGAGCUCCACAAAACCCUGAUCCUGGACAACUCCCCUGCCUCAUACAUCUUCCACCCUGAAAAUGCUGUUCCCGUCCUCUCCUGGUUCGAUGAUUCAGAGGACACUGAGCUGCUUCACCUCAUCCCAGUAUUUGAAGAGUUAAGUCAGGCUGAUGAUGUCUACAGCAGACUCGAACAACUCAGGGGUCCAUAAUCCCUACACCGCCAGACCAGGGCAAACCUCCAUGUUGUGUAGCACUGACUGCCAAUCACACACAAGCGGCUCAUAUGACAGUAGACUCCGCCUUCUGACCUGAAAACAAACACGAAAGCUCAUAAUUCUGCUCCGCACAAAGUAUAUGCGGUUUUGCUACAUGGUUUGAGGGACCUUAAACACUUAGUGAUGAUGAAUAUUGGGGUCAGAGGCCAGCUUUGUCUCAGUCAUUGAGCUUGCCUUUUGCAAUAACAAUUUACAGAUUUUAUAUUCCUUUUUUACUUUUCUAUUUUUUUUUUGUUAUUAGUUUUUUUUUAAUGUUUAUGAUGACAUCCUUUGGGAGAUUAAACAGAUUGCAGGGUCUAAUUAAGUCACCAGUAAUCCGCAACAGUGAAGCUGAAGCACAAUAAACUUUCAGGCCAGUCUCUCUA